UUUGCGCGAAGUACGAGCAUACGCUCUCCUCCUUCUGUCAGCCACCGAGUUUUGAACUUUCGCGCUUCGGCUAUACGCCCUCCGCAGACGAGUUCGCUGCUCCGCCAAGACAUAACGUCUCUGGAUGCCUCCUUAGCGGUCAUCGAUGCUGCAGACACUGACACGUCCAAUUACGCUCGCCUCGCUAGCCAUCGCGCUCAGCUCGCAGAAUGCAAGGCCCGGAAACAGGUUUUGGCAGCUCCCAUCUUCCGUCUCCCGCCGGAGCUGCUAGUGCUCAUCAUACACGCUGCCCUGCCGCCAACUUGGACGGCCGCCGCCGUCGGCGCCACACGUUUUCCGCUCCUGGAAACUUGCUUUCGGAUUCGGCGCACGGCACUGGCCAUGCCUGAAUUGUGGUGCAAAAUUGUCAUGAAGAGUCUCAAUGCCAAGAAGGUUGACCGCUUCUACGUAGUCGCGCAGCUGUACGUGGACCGGUUCAAGCCUCACCCGGUGGACAUCAUUGCUAAAUGCGUGCUGUUCGACUCCCAGUACAAUCUGUGGGUAAUGGCUCACAUGGAUCGCAUACGGAGCAUUGAUUGGUAUAUCAAAGCUGAUGUGGUACAUGGGUCUCACAUCUCUGCGCCGUCACUUGAGAGCGCCACCCUCUCAGCCUACCGUAAUCCACAAGACUCCCGCAUCCUCACCUUCAUCCACGCACCUCGACUGACGAAUGUGCAUAUGGACGCUGCAGCCCCCUCGUACUUUGGCAUCCCUUGGGCGCAACUGGAGAGCUUGACAAUUCUUAACAUGGCAUUUAGCCCCCACGACCUGCGCACUCUCCAGUUAUUGACCUUCCUCAAAUUGCGCGUCCUCAAGCUCUCGCGCUGUGGUUACCGUCUCGCUGCGUUCAUCAAUGCUCCCAACCUCAUCGAGAUCACCGUGUCGGCGAGAGCCAGCUUUAUGGGAACCGAUCCAUGUCGUCACUCUCUUCUUAGAUCGUCCGUGCGUUCGCUGCUCACGCGCGACUUGUCUUCUCUACACAAUUUGUCUCUCAAAGGAUUUCUGUGUUCACAUCGGGACGGCGAGCUGGAAGACCUCGUCUCCAUCCUGCACCUCGCGCCCCAGCUCGAGCGCCUCAGACUCGCAUACGAGCUCUUCGCCUUGUGCGAUUUGCCCCUCCUGCAGAGGCUGGUUACCCCUCAUUCGGGCCUGCAUCCCCUCCUGCCUAAUCUGGCGCACCUUACCCUCGAGUACGACGACAUCGCCCCGGAAUUCGAGUUCGGCGACGUUUCAAAGGAACUGGUGCUUUCCCGCUGGGGUGCGGACGGCGCAGAGUCCAGGGAGUGCAUGUCAGUCCGCUCGCGCAAUUGCAGAGGGGAUGAGUACUGCGAAUGUUUGGGGCUGCACAAUUGGAUAGCGGGGGUGAAGGGCAAGGGGGUCUUCGUCAAUUCGAAAAUGUGCAAAUCCCCACUACUGUAG